AUGCAUAUAUACAUACACAUGCGCAUGCAUACGCACGUGUAACUCGCGCGCGCAUGACGUGCUGUCAAAAUAGAGCGCACGGAUCUCCUUGAAGAUUGCGCGACUCUCCCCUCUCACUCGUCAGCUGUGCAGUCGAAUAUUACCUCGCUGCGAUAAGAACAAAAUUUCGUCGGAGGGAAGUAUGAAAAUUUCGCUGCACGAGUAGGAGUAAACCUAAUAUGUGUGUAUUUCCGCCUUGAAAGAGAAAUCUCACCGCCCAGAAAUCCAAAAUCUCUGUAAGGACAAAAACUGUCGUUAGAAUCUACAAGACAGAAGAAAAUUAUUGCGAGUGAUAUUUAAAAAAAAAACGUGAUACGUAUAUUUUGUUCCAACCGGAACAGGGCUCCGAAAAAUAGAGAAGCCGAACCUGAAGCAAAGCAUUCGUGUCUGAUUUCGCUUUCGGAAUUUAGCGAGAACGCGCGCGUGCGAAGAUUUAUUACCUGUCAAGUUGAUAAAAUCAAUGGUAUCAUUUUUCUGUUUGAAUUUUAUCGUGAUAAAGCACAGUGUACAAAUGAUGAUCGAGAAAUCUGAUGACAUUUUGGAAUUAUUGUAAACAGCCUAACUUGGUUUUGGCUUGCUAAUUAUCUUGUGUUCAACUACAAACGCUUUGAGUAUCGAAAUCUAAUUAAAAUCGAUUAAAAUGGAAUCAGCGGGACAGAAUCAACUGCCUAACGUCUUGAAUAAUGUUGGCGACGGUUCCGAUACCAAGGGCAGCUGUUUAUUACUUCGUUACGCUAGCCAGAAUUCUCUAGAUGAAAGCUCACAGAAACAUAUUCCUCGUGAGAAUGGAAAAGAUAAGCCACCAUAUAGGAAUCACCAUCAUACGAAUCGAGCCUUUGAUGUCAUUAAUGAAAUGAGAAAGAAAAAUUUACUCUGCGAUGUUAUCUUAGUAGCAGACAGUGGUAUGGAGGUGCCUGCUCACAAAAUGGUUCUCGCUGCGUGUAGCCCUUACUUUUAUGCCAUGUUUACAAGUUUCGAGGAACGUGAUCAGGAGAGAAUAACGUUACAAGGCGUAGAUUAUUCGGCGCUAGAGCUAUUAGUAGAUUAUGUUUACUCUGCUGAAGUCCAUGUUACGGAGGAAAAUGUACAGGUGCUCCUACCUGCUGCAAAUUUAUUACAAUUAACAGAUGUUCGAGAUGCCUGCUGUGAUUUUUUGCAAGCUCAAUUGCAUCCAUCUAAUUGUCUUGGUAUUAGGGCAUUUGCAGAUCUUCAUGGGUGUCUCGAACUGUUAACGCAUGCAGAUAGCUACAUUGAGCAGCAUUUUUCAGAAGUAGUCGAUGCGGAAGAGUUCUUGACUCUGGCACCUGAGCAAGUAGCAAAGCUUAUCUGUAGUGAUCGUUUAAUGGUACCAUCCGAAGAAAAAGUAUUUGAAUGUGUCAUUUCAUGGGUACAUCAUGAUCUCGAAAAAAGACAGUCCAAUUUAGCUCUGCUAAUGGAAUAUGUACGCUUACCUUUGCUGUCUCAAGAAUAUUUGGUGCAACGUGUAGAGGAGGAACCACUUCUGAAGGCAAAUUUACAAUGUAAGGAUUUCUUGAUUGAAGCCUUAAAAUAUCAUUUACUGAAGGGUGAGCAAAAAUCAUUAUUUAAAACCCCACGUACCAAACCAAGACAGCCAAGAGGCUUGCCCAAGGUAUUGCUCGUUGUCGGUGGACAAGCUCCGAAAGCAAUUAGGAGUGUCGAGUGCUAUGACUUUAAAGAAGAAAAAUGGUAUCAAGUUUCCGAAUUGCCAACACGACGUUGUAGAGCCGGACUUUGUGUUCUCGGCGGACGUGUGUACGCCGUUGGUGGAUUUAAUGGAUCACUGAGAGUACGAACAGUUGAUAUUUACGAUGCUGCGGCGGAUCAAUGGUCACCCUGUCCUGAGAUGGAAGCUAGGAGAUCGACGCUCGGUGUAGCAGUGCUCGGAAAUUGCGUUUACGCUGUUGGUGGCUUUGAUGGUUCGACGGGAUUAAAUUCAGCCGAAGUAUAUGACCCGCGUACUCGCGAGUGGAGACCAAUAGCGCGAAUGUCAACGCGGCGCAGUAGUGUAGGAGUAGGCGUUGUUAAAGGAUUGUUGUAUGCCGUUGGCGGCUAUGAUGGAGAAUCUCGUCAAUGCCUCUCCAGUGUCGAGUGCUAUAACCCAGAGAAAGAUCAAUGGAAACCUGUACCAGAGAUGUCCGCGCGUCGUAGCGGUGCGGGUGUCGGUGUCCUUGAUGGUAUUUUAUAUGCAGUGGGAGGUCAUGAUGGUCCACUGGUUCGAAAAAGCGUAGAAGCAUUUAAUCCAGAAACUAACCAAUGGACUCCCGUCAGUGACAUGGCACUUUGCCGUCGUAACGCCGGUGUCGUGGCAUUGAACGGACUUUUGUACGUGGUGGGUGGAGACGACGGUUCUUCCAGUUUAGCAUCGGUAGAAGUGUAUUCUCCAAGAACCGAUACCUGGACCACCUUGCCGACUUGCAUGGGAGUGGGGCGUAGUUACGCUGGUGUAGCUAUCAUCGAUAAACCGAUGGCCCCCGCGGUGACAAUGUGAGGUCUACAAUCCGCUGGGCAUGCGACAGAACAGAACACGGACCCGGG